GAAAAUAUUGUACCGGGUCUGCGGUCUACCGAACAGCAACUAAUGAAUUUGCUGAAUAUAAGUUUAAAGCAUUUUAUAUGGGAGAAUCAUCGCUUAUUGAAGAAUUGACCGAAAAAACUAUCACUAUGAUAAUUGGUUGUUUUGCAUUCGAAGAUGAGUUAAAUGUAAACAUAAAACCCAACUUGUUCAUACUAGAGGUUACGAUUUCUCAAAGUGUAUCUUUGCAAAUUAAAACAUUACAAAACGAACCUACCAUUUAUGAUUUGCCAAUUGCACCUGCUUUCGGAAUUUUUUCCGCACCUGUUCAAGACCCUUCUGAACCACAUGGCGACAGUGCAAUCUUUCGUUUAAAAAAGGGAGUCUAUAAUAGUAUGAAUGGAAAAACCACUGAUUUGUCAGUUAUAUGCAAGUAUAAUCCGAAUCCGAAAGGUCACCAUUCGAAUGUAGCUGAAGCUACACAUCGUCGAACUAUUUUUUCUGUUGCUGGUGAACUAAUUUUUGUUGAGAAAUCUGUUUUUGUGUUAUGUGAAGCAAUAGAAUGGAAUUAUUAUGUAAUGCGAGAAAAUUCAAAAUCGCAGUCGUGUGAUGAGACAGAACAUGUAAAAAAAAAAAGAAAAAGAGAUGAGGAGCUAGCGAAAAUUGCGAAAGUUUUUGAAUCCAAAAACCAACAUCAACAAAAUAAGAAUCGUAACCAUGUAAUUGUUGAUUAG